UUUUUUUUUUUUUUUUUUUUUUUUUUCUUUUCUAAACACACGUAUUUCAAAAUAAAUGGCCGUACAACUUGAAGAUAACCGACAUAAUAGUGGAAUGGCGCCAACGUUUGGAGGCAUUGUGAACAGAGCAAUGACGGUAGCUUCAGCCAAGAGGAGACCUACCUCUGGUUUAGUGUCCAGACAUUAUUCGGUUUCUGUUUUCUACUCUUUAGCCACAGAACAAGAUAAUGAAAUUGAAGAUGAACUUGCUCAAGUUCAAAGAAUACUACGUGACCUGAAAACAAAUAUCUCGUUGCAAUCCAAGAAUAACUUCCUAUUAGAAAGAGAUGUGAGAUCUUUAGAUUCUAGGAUAGCUUUGCUUAUUCAAAACAGAAUGGCGUUGGAUGAUCAAAACGAUUUGAGUCAUAUUGAAGAAACAGAGGGAUCCCAUGUGGAUCUCUAUUCAUCUGAUGAUAGAAAAAUGCACCAAUAUGGCAACUUGCUGUACUUACUUCAAAGUGAACCACGUUAUAUUGCGUCACUUUGCCGAUUAGUCAAUCUGUCAGAAAUUGAUACUCUGUUACAAACCGUGAUGUUUACGUUAUACGGAAAUCAAUACGAAAGUCGAGAAGAAAAUCUAUUAUUAACCAUGUUUCAGAAUGUUUUGGCUGCUCAAUUUGAGGCAGCCAUUGAAUUUGGUUCAUUAUUAAGAGCCAACACUCCUGUUUCUAGAAUGCUAACCACAUACACAAGAAGAGGCCCUGGUCAAUCAUAUUUAAAAUCCGUGUUAUCCGAAAAGAUCAAUGGACUGAUUGAACAAAAGGACACCAAUCUCCAAAUUAAUCCCUUGAAAGUGUAUGAUGAAAUAGUUGCUAAAAUGGAACUCGAACGCACUUUACCUCCUAAUUUUAAUAAAAGCGUAACUCCGGAAGUUGCCGCUGCAAAUGAACAAGUACAGGCUAUCAUCGGACCUAGACUCAAAUCCCUCAUGGAGGUUGCAAACUCGUUUUUGUCUACCAUUAUCGAUUCGUUACACCAGGUGCCUUAUGGUAUUCGCUGGAUAUGUAAGCAGAUCAGGUCUCUCACCAAAAGAAAAUAUCCUGAAGCUUCCGACUCAGCCAUCUCUUCAUUGAUUGGAGGCUUCUUCUUUUUAAGGUUUAUCAAUCCAGCCAUUGUCACUCCACAGGCAUACAUGUUGGUCGAAGGUCAUCCAGGCUUAAAUCCUAGAACCACUCUAACUUUGGUUGCCAAAAUGCUUCAAAACUUGGCCAACAAACCCACAUAUACCAAAGAAUCUUUUAUGAUUCCAACCAACCCGUUUGUAAAAGAUAAUAAGAAGCGAAUUCAUCAAUUUUUAAAUGAUUUAUGCGAAGUUAGUGACUUUUACGAGUCACUUGAAAUGGACCAAUACAUGGCUUUGUCUCGCAAAGACAUCUAUAUUAAUAUUACACCCAAUGAGCUCUAUAGCACUCAAACACUCUUAUGCCAGCAUUUGGAUAAAUUAGCGCCUGAACCAAAACAUCAUUUGCGAAUUUUACUAAACGAUUUGGGGCUUCAUAAUAUACCUGCACAGUUACCACGUCAUUUAAACAAGCCUAUACAAUUACCCUUGUUUGGAAGAUGGGACACUUCCUCUCCCGCCAUAACCGAAACAGCCAACAAUAGCAUCACACAAAAUGAUAUCAUGUACAUGGAGACCAAAUCCAUCUUUGUUCAGAUUAUCCGAUCUUUACCAAUGACAAUCAAGACAUGGAAUAUUUCAAGUAUUUUAGAGGCCGCUGAGUCAGCCAAAGAUCCUCAAUUGGUCAAUAAAGGUCGAAAAGCGCAAAUUUUGUUACAAGAAUUGGAGGAAGCAGAAAUUAUCAGUCGAUCAAACCAAUAUGAAUUACUUGUACAAGAGAUAAAGCAAGAAUUGAUCCACUUGGGUGAUUUAAAGAACAGGGUUGUUCUGGAGAUUGAGUCACUUGAAAAGGUUUUCAAAACCAUUGGUGAUCAUAACCAAUACUUGCAAAGUCAGUUGGAGAGCUAUAAGGCAUAUCUGCAAAACGUCCGCAUGCAAAGUGGGCGACAAAAUAAGAUGGGUAUUAUGAAGACCACGGAGUUCUAUACGUCUACAAUUGUUUCGACGCCGUCUUUUAGUUCAAACGAUAUGAGUAGUUGUAAUAUUCUGCCUGUGAUGAAUACAGCGGCAACACGAAAAAAGUCCAACAAUGGAGUAAAUGGGCCUAUUAAAUUUUCACAUCUUCAGCUUGAGAAAGAUGGCAUCAUUAUUGAAUCUGAAGUUCCUGAAUAUAGGAGGGCUAAUAUUUUUUUAAUGAUCCAAUGCCCAAUGGCCGGUACAUUUAUCAUUUCACUGCAUUUUAAAGGAAGGGAUAAACCCCUUUUAGAAAUUGAUUUAAAGCUGGAUGAUCUUCUAGAAAAGCAAAAGGAUCAUAUUCAGUCACUUGAUCUUGAGUAUAUCAAACUGAAUGUAAGCAAAACUGUACAGCUUUUAAACAGGUCCUUCAAAUCUAAAGCUAACAGGUAACAAACUUCCCUCUUUUAAAAAGCAAAAUAUCGUGCAAGCCUGAAUUUUUUUUUUUUAUUUUCUCAACAGAUUUAUUUUGGUCGGUUAGGUUUUUUAUUAAAUAAUCCUAAUAUAGUAUACACAUUCGUUUUUUUUUAAAGCCUGAUUUUAUGUGUGUGAUUAUAAUAUGUAUUGCGUGU